UUUUGAAGGGUGGGGGGCGGGAUGAAGGGAAUAGAAUCGUAGCUGUGUGUCGGUCUUCGACAGUCUGAAACACGAUGCCGACUAUCUCUCUGGAUACCAUUGAAGAUUUGAGAGGUGCCUGGUACCGGUAUUACGGUACAGUACAAAACGUAACGUGCCACGAUUGAAUUUGACGUUGUUACCAUGUUGCUUGUCGCUGCGAACUGCUUUCAUUGACAUCAUUUUAUUUUAGACAAAAGACGAAGUACAAGUAGUAACUCGCUAGUUUGCACGAUGGAAACACUUCGAGACAGAAGCUCUAGCGGAAGUGCUUCAUCAGGUGCUAGCUCGCAUUCAUCUGUGUCGGCUCAAUGCGUUCCUGAAUUGAUAAUACACCGGUCUAAGAAGGCUGUAGUUUCAGUGGAAGGGAAAUACAACAGUUCAGAUCUUUCUGACGAGCUCGCAGCUAUUGUCUCAAAGAAAGCCUUUGCUUUUGGUCUGUUAGUUACUGAUGAGGAUAACAAGGCGGGGGACCGACAUGGACAAGCUGGACUAAUUCGAGAUCCUUCCAAGCCUACCGUGGACGCCUCUCAACCAUCUGCGAAGAAACGGAGGCUUAUGGACAGCUCUGGCCCGAUAAAAAAGCCAGCCAUCAAGAAGACUGAGUCUGUGCGCAUCUCUGUCAUACCCGUCACUGCGCUCCACAACGUGAUGAGUUACGAUGACACGGUCAGGGAUGUCCAUUGGACCGCCAGCAACAUGGCUACUCUCACGAAUGGUGCUAUCGACCCCGGAACUGCACAGUUCCCCCAACAAGGUGAGGAGGUCUCCGAUUCUGACAAAAUCGAGAUCAAUCUUAAAGAUAAUGCGGGGAAUAUUCAAACUAUCGAAUGGCCUUAUGGGUAUGACAUCACCCAUGCCGAAAUCCAUCGAAAGAAAACACAUCCAUACGUCGACGCAGCUCUAUCCUUUGAAUCCGUCGACCCCGGUUUUCAGUAUAAAAUUGGACAAAGGAUUGGUAUGGCGGUGUUUCGUAACCAUGAGUUUGACUUCAACGACGAAAACCUCUACACGGUCAAUGAAUGGGACUCAAACCUCUCGCGGGAUGAUAUCAUGGAACUGUUUGGAGACGAUUACAGCACUUCGAUUUACACCGGCCAAAUUACUUCUCUGUCGGAUGACCGUAAAGUGUUCGGGCACGAUAUCAAUAGCUACAAAGGCUGCUCGGGAGCUAUCAUAUUUCUUUUGGAUAAAAACCAAGCGGAGCUCAUUAAGAACGAUGUUGGUAAAGCUAUUGGCAUUCAUGUUGGUGGCGUCAGCAGUAGUACCGAUGGAAAAAUCAAUAUUGCCUUCACCGUACCGGCACGACACCUGUUGAACCGCAAUGCUGAAAGCCCUUCCCAGGAACAGAUUCAAGCUCGGGCUAGUGCUAUAGCCGGUGGCAGGGUUGCACAUGUACCCACAUGGGAGCAGAUCCAAGGCAUGGGCCGAAAGGAGCUUAGGGUACGCCUUCAGUACCUGAAUCAAGUCCAACAUGGAUCUGUUGCUGAGCUAAAGGAUAGACUAAAGAAACACUAUGGACUAUAGAGAUACAUGGAUCUAU